AAGAGGGUACAGAAGGAGAGGAGGGAGAAUUUUAUGCAGAAGAGGCUUCACGGAAAGUUUAUGAGAGAUGUGAGUGAAGUGGCUGAUGAGAGGUCAUGGCAGUGGUUAAGAGCAGGGUAUUUGGGAAAGGGCACUGAGGGGUUUGUGUUUGCAGCACAAGAACAGGCUUUGAGGACGAGGUUUUUCCGAGCCACGAUCCAAAAGGAAGCUGUUGAUCCAAAGUGCAGGGUUUGUGGUAAGGAGGUGGAGUCUGUGGGACAUUUGGCGAGUGGUUGUAGUGGGCUAGCUCAAAAGGAAUACAGGAGAAGGCAUGAUAGAAUGGGCUUGAGGGUGUAUUGGGAACUGUGUAGGAAGUAUGGAGUGAAGUGUGCUGAUGUUUGGUAUAAGGAAGUACCCGAUGAGGUAAGGGUGUCAGAGGAUGGUCAGGUAGAGAUUUGGUGGGACAGGGGCGUCGAGACAACACAGAAGAUGGAACAUAAUCGUCCGGAUGUUACUGUGUUGAAUCGGGCGGCCCAGGAGUGGACGUUUGUUGAUUUCUCGGUGCCUUGGGACAAGAACGUGGUGUUGAAGGAGGAUGAAAAGGUUGCAAAGUAUGCACCUUUGGCAAAGGAGAUAAGGAAGAUGCACCGGGUAUCAACAAAGGUAGUUCCAUUAGUUGUUGGUUGUCUUGGGGUUGUUUCGAGUAGGUUUGUGGGAUACCUAAAAGUUUUGGGUAUCCCAGAUGUUCUGGGUGGUAUGCAGACGUGUGCAGUGAUUGGGACCACCCUCAUUUUAAAUUAUUAA